GAGUGUUUGCAGUCGGUUAGCCGUGCACGCACAUGGUUGAUACACACGUACACACAUAAACGCCGAGACUCUUGGCCUUCAGGUGUGUUCUGGUUUAUUAACACGUAGUGUUGGUCCAGUUUGAUCUGUCAGGGAUUUCGUACACACAUCGAUUGAAGGUCGUCCUCCGGAUUGUGUGGCCAGUUCAGAUCUGGUUUUAUUAAUGUAUGAAAAGGAACCCACAUGCCAUUCAACGCAAUGCGUCGCUAUGUUAAAUGCUUUUCAUAUUCCGAAGGGUGUUAUUGUGAAAAGCGUGAAGUUGUUUUGUGGGUUGUUAUGGUUUCUUUCAGCUCACACACACACACACACACACACACUCACACAGUGGCCUGCUUUUCUAACUGCCGUCCCUCUGACAUGUGUGUGCUUGUGUGCACGUAUGUGUUUUUUCUCUCCCACAGAUUGCGAGCCCGAGGGAGUGUUGGAUUGGUCGUUUGAUGAAAAUUGUAUUUUUUGCUGCUUAAGACGAGAGAAAGUGAAGGAACACUUGGCCGUCAUCCCCCCCCAGGCAUUAUCGGAGUCAGAGGAUUUGAAACAGGACACGUCCAAAAUCAACCGCCUGGAGAAGCAAGCCGAAGAAUUCCUUAAUGCUGUCUUCUACAGAAAGGCAGUCCUCCCCAGCUUCUCGGACCCACACAUUCCUCUAGUGGCCCGCGAGAUAAUGCAGAGGAUGAUCCGCCAGUUCGCCGCUGAAUAUACCUCAAAAACCAGCUCUUCUCAGGACACGCCCCGGCACCCCGAACACGCCCGUCACCCACAGCCCAACGGCGUCAAGGACCAAAGCCUCCUACUGCCGAGAGCGGCGUCGCUCACCCCGGCCCCCGCCGCCCCCCUCGCCCUGCCCGGGGCGUCCAGCCCACCGUCGCCCACCCCCGGGCCGGGCCUCAGUCCCGACUACGCCACCGCCCCGGACGCAGGGAACGGCGCAGCCGCCUCCGCACAGAACCCGGUCCUCAGCAAGCUUCUGAUGGCCGACCAGGACUCCCCGCUGGACCUCAGUGUCAGGAGGCCCGACGCCACGGAGACCAGGACCGAGGAUGGAGUCCUUGACCUUUCUACCAAGAAGGUCCCCGGGGCUCUCGGCACCGUCCUAACAAACUCUCGCAGUUACACCACAUCGCCCGCUGUCAAGGGGCGCUCCCUGAGAGUUGACCACGCCUUCCAGGACGUGGAGGACGAUGAUGUCCUGCUGCCGAGAAACCCACAGAAUGGGCUGAUGGAUAGCCACAUCGGCUCCGCCCACCCCAAGCCUCCGCUGGCCCAUUCGCUGUCCGUCAAGGAGGAGCUCCUCAGCCAGAAGCACCGCCUCCACGGCCAGCCUCCUGCUCUCUCGUUGGCCGGCCUAGAGUCGUCAGGGUUCCUGAACCAAAGGAACCACGGCAACCACGGGCAGUCCCACCCACUCCUGGCGCGGGACGGCUCCUCCUGGGGGUCCUCUGGCGGCAAAGCCCACCGCCUGGACAGCCUGCUGAAGCUGAAGCAAGCCAGCGCCGCCUUCUCAGACCUCAAAGACCUGCCUCUGUUCCUGGAGAACCACAGCCACCGCGGGGCCUUCUCCUCCCGGAGCCCCUCCGGGGGUGGCCCGCACCACCACCAUCACCACCACCACCAUGGCAACGCCAAGGCCAAGAGCCACCACCAGCACAGCCACCCCGAGGUGGUGGUGAAGAGGGAGCCUGGAGGCCACAGCACCCCCCCCGUGGACCUGAAGAUCCCCCAGGUGCGCGGCAUGGAUCUGUCCUGGGACCCCCACGCCUCCGACGUGUACAGCUACGGCGCUGUGGUGAUGGGUCCCGGCGGGGCAGAAAACGCACUGAACCGGAAGCUGAGGGCCAUCCUGCCCAAGCAGAACCGGCGCACCGGCGGUGGUAGCCUGGGGAGUUUUUUAGACGGGUCUGCCGACUACUGGAACUCCGACUUGGACCAGGGGACCUCCGGGCAGCCGUACGCCUCCUCAGACACCGAGGGUGACCCGGGCUCCAAGCAGCCCAGGAAGAAGAGGGGGCGCUACCGCCAGUACAAUAGUGAGAUUUUGGAGGAGGCCAUCGCCGUCGUCAUGAACGGGAAGAUGAGCGUCUCCAAGGCCCAGAACAUCUACGGCAUUCCUCACAGCACCCUGGAGUACAAGGUGAAGGAGCGCCUGGGCACGCUGAAGAACCCUCCCAAGAAGAAGCUCAAGCUGACGAUGCGGACGGAAGGGCAGGAUUCCGCCGCCGAAUCGGAGACUACGCCAACCGCCACGCCGAGAGACGACGCGCCGCCGGGGCCCUGCGAGCUAAACGACGAGCAAAGAAUAAAAGUAGAAUUUGAGAAUUAAUUGAGAAAUGACGAACACAACAAAACCUCCGUCCACUCCUUCUUAGAGAAAAAAAUCUUAACGUUGAGACUAAGUAAUUGGAAAGAAAUGGAGAUUUAUUUGUGCCAAUAUACAUUUGCAGUUUCUGGGUGAGCACAAACGCAGGAAUAUGAGGAGGAUUCUUAAACCAACUGGAGAACUAAACCUAAACCGACCGGCUGGUUUCGCGGCGGUCACUUUGACGCUGCACAAGGCAUUUGUUUAGCUUUUAUAUCAAGCAGCCAAACAAAUGCGGCAAAAGCCAUAAGUGAUGUGACAAUUAUCGGCAACAUUUUGUACAGCAUGUUGAUUAUUCCCCCCAAACCACCAAUACCUAAUUGCAGAACUUGAUACACUGGCCAGCAUUGGAUUAAAAUGCAAUCUGGGCAGUGGAAUAACCCAAUUUAGGUAAAUAUUAGGGGCGGGGUGGGCAAAAAUGAACCCCUUUGGAUCAAACUUUUAAGGUCCUUGACCCCCCACCCCAUCAUACAAUGAACUAUUAUGAUUUUAAACAACUCUAAAACUAAUCGUUCCACGGGAAGCUCUCCAGGAAGCUGAACCAAACACCUGUCUCUCUAUUGCCAGGUCGCCAUUUUGCUUUAACAAACCUUCGAUAUUCCUCUAUUGUUUAGAAGUGGACGAAAGCAACAUUGACCCCGUACUUUCUAUGGUAAAUGACACACGAAAUAGUCAAUCAGGGAUGCAUGUUUGUGAGUUUCAGUGGACCACUGCUAACUUUAUGCUAGUUCAGAUUUGUUUUUUUUGUUCUACAGUACUGUUUUAUUUAUUUUUUUGUUUUCUCUUUCUUUUGCACUACCCUUUCGUUCUGGCGUUGAUAGGCGCCUCUCGGUGGUGACAAACCAGGUUACCUCAGCUUUGCCGCGCUAGCAUUUCGCAUUGCCGGUCUGACCUUGAUGCCUGGGCGACUCUUCUCUUAGGCAUGUUCAGGGCCAUUUACCUUACCCCAAUCAUGACCUCACUGGGAGAAACCUCAGAACUGACCUUAGAUCUGACCUAUUCAGACAAUACCUCACCCCUCCUGGAGGUGAUUGUCUUCAACCACUGAUCCCUGAUCAGAUUGACAUUUUAUGUAUGUAUUGCUACAGUGUGGAUUAGGGCUUGUUGAUCUGACCAUAGAUCUGCGGUUAAGACCAACUUCUUACUCACCUGCAAGGAGGGGCAUCCAUUCCUGAACCCGAUCCUUGGAGAGCUUCAGCCACUUCCGGUGUUCCUUCUGAACAACGGCUUCGUGCGUUAUGUGUCAGCUAUUUGGCCGGGCGGGGGUUUCUGUACACCGUGACAAACGGAGGGAAAACCGGCAUGUUACCGCAGCUCACCAGGAUUGGGAGGUGAGAAGGGCACCCCCCCCCCGACACACGCUGACCACGCACGGAGUGAAGGCUUUCACUGGCCUCACUGGCACUGCACAGAAAACAUCUCAUUUGGCUUUUCUUUUGUAAUUAUCGCUAAGCAAGAGCAUCCAAUUGAGCGGAGUUAGAAACAAGUAAUCUCCCUACCUUUCACUUUGAAAUCACUCUAUAAUACGGCAGUGUGAAUUUGUAAGGUGAGAGAGGGAGGGAGGGAGGGAGUGGUCAUUUUUGCAGUUAAAUGGGGUAGGUUCGCAUUUGGGAGGGGAGUUCAGAUUUGGUAUAUUAUAAAUUAUUAACACUGAACUUAAAGCCAGUCUGCAUUUCUGGAAGAUUUUCUUUUUCCUCAUUUUGAUCUCAGGGUAUCUGAGGCAGGGGAAUCUCUUGACGUGAAAAAAAAAAAAAACAUGAUCCUUUUUCCUGCAGGACCUAAAAUUGAAGGGCAGGGUACUUGUGUGUGUGGUUAAGCGGUUCCACAGCCUGUAGGCAAAGAAGAAGUGGACAGAAGUUUGCAGAUACACUUUUGAAAAUAGCACUUUUAAAACGAAAUAACAUGAGCGAGAAUGAGAAAUCUACUGGUGGUAGAGGAUGAAGUGGGUGACCCGAAAGCAACAAGAGAGAAGAAAGCUUUAGUGUCUAAGAGACUUUCCAGAGAGCUGCAACUUAGAUCCAAGCGUAUGCUGCUUCCUCUCAGUUACCACCUCAGUACUUUGGCUGACUGCUUGAAUUGGUCAGAUUUCUGUUUUAUACUAGUCGUCAUUUUGGUUUUACCGUCGCACCCUGUCCGCUCCGCUCGUUUAGGCAGGGGAAAACGACUGUCUCAUCACUGUUGUCACUUUUUGACAGGGGUGAGAGAAAAAAAAAACCCAGCCUACUUAGAAGUGUUCUCGAAAAUAUGCUUUCGUUUAUUUUGAGUGUGAACAUCUCGAGAGACGAAAAUACACAAAAUGAAACCCGUUUGUAUUGGAAUUUCCUUUGCCUCUGCUGUGGUAAAUGUUGCUGUUUCGCUUCUGCCUGGUGCUCACCCAGUCUGUGAGAUGUUUUGAAGACAUCGAAACAAAAAAAACUCCAUUAUUUCCACACUGAUGAAAUUGACAUUCGUUCCUUCAAAUGUGUGUGUGUUAUUUGAAUUUUUUUCUCUUCUACAAAAUGGCAUGCACCAGUCUGUUCUGGCUAACUCACACGGACUCCAGUGCCAACACUGUAGUGUCUUCUGAAGGAUUCGACAUUUGGUAUGCAAUCGUUAUAAUCAUAUUCCAAGCCUCUAGUGGCAAAUCUCCCCCCAUUCUGGUAGAUUUGUCUUAGGCUUCGAUCAUCCCUCCCGUGGGUCGAUUGGCUAUUUUGUUGUAGCAAAUUGGAACAACCCC